AGCUCGUCGUUCGUGUCUGACGGUGCCGUGGAAUUUUACAGGUCGGAUGACGCUGGCGUCAAAAUCAGUUCUCUGCCGCGUUUCACGACGGAACAUCUGAAGCUGAUCCGAACUGUCUCACACUGAAGCUCAUCGAGCACUGUUCGAUUGUGUUCUCAGAGUCGUUGUUGCCUCGUUCUCAAGUCGCGGGAGCGAGCACCGUGUUCGUCCAGCUGUCGCCCACCGUCGGGACAGACGUUGGAGAAACGAGCUCUCUCCAUGCAGAGCACUGACGCGGGCUACUGUCCUUGUGGCCGGCCGGUCGCAUAGCAGUAGACCUAAUCGUUCCUACUCACCUCAACGCUUCGGACAUCGCGGUCGCACCACCGAAGCAAUAAAGAAUGCUCAUCAAGGAAUAUCGGAUUCCGCUGCCGCUGUCGGUCGAGGAGUACAGAGUGGCACAACUUUACAUGAUUGCCAAGAAAAGUCGUCAAGAGAGCAGUGGCCGGGGCAGCGGAGUGGAAAUCCUUGUAAACGAGCCAUACGAAGACGGUCCCGGGGGCAGCGGCCAAUACACGAGGAAGCUGUACCAUAUCGGAAGUCAUUUACCGGGCUGGAUAAAAGCACUGGUACCGAAAUCUCUGAUUGUCGAAGAAGAGGCUUGGAAUGCUUAUCCGUACACCAAAACAAGGUACUCCUGUCCGCUGGUGGAUCGUUUCUCCAUCGAGCUCGAAACGAAGUAUUUCAACGACAGCGGCAGCCAAGAUAACGUUUUUGAGCUCACAGGGAGCGAGCUGAGGAAUAGAGCAGUCGACUUCAUCGACAUCGUCAAGGAUCAACUAUCAUCUGGAGACUAUGUGGAGUCUGAAGACCCCGCUAUAUUUGUGUCGGAGAAAACGGGUCGGGGACCUCUGAGCGAGAAUUGGAUCGAAGAGAACAGCGGGAAAAUCAUGUGCGCCUACAAGCUGUGCCGAGUCGAAUUUCGCUAUUGGGGAAUGCAAACAAAAAUUGAGAGAUUCAUCGAUGAUGUGGGCCUCCGGAAAAUUAAUCUCCGCGCUCACCGGCAAGCGUGGGCUUGGCAGGACGAGUGGCUCGGCCUGACCAUCGAGGACGUUCGACGAAUCGAAGCCGAAACCCAAGCGGAGUUGGCACGUACAAUGGCUGAAAGCGGCGAUCCCGAAGAUUCACCGACGGAGCACCAAGCUGCCUCGAACACGGUGGUCGAUCUCCAUGCCAUCGACGCAGAUUCGAGUGAACCUGUCGAUUUGCAAGGUGUCCAAUCAAGAAGCGGUCACAGAUUAGGUGCGCAUAGGAGCUCCGCCGAAGCCAAAAAAACAAAUCGUCGGAGCUCGCGUCAUGUUAUCCAGUCGACGGUGGAGCAGGUGGCGUGGCGAAUGGAAGGAAUUGUCUGUGACAGCGACUCCGAAAGCGAUGAGUUCUUCGAUGCUGAAGACGCCGAUGAGCCCGGGCCUUUGAACGUCGCACCGGAACUGCGGAGCUCACUCACGAAAUGGAGCUCUGUCGAAAUGGUCCAUCAUCAGGGAGAUGGUAAGCUGCCAGUUGACGAGACAAUCUUUGCCCCCACCCACGUUCGGAGGACCCAAGAGCGUGCACACCAUUGUCAUCUGGAAGCCGCUACGUCAGGCCUCUCUUCUCCGGGAGCUUCACCCGGCCAUCAACACGCCACGAUGGCGUGUCCCACGUCGGUUUUGCUCCUCGUCGUCCAUGGUGGAACAGUUCUCGAUCAUGGGAUCGAUCAAGCGCAAACGAAAACCACAGAUUUGGCCACAUUCUCGGGAACUGUUGACCUAAUCGUGCGACAGCACUAUCCUGCUCUGCACGGUCAUGUUGUCACGAAAUUGGUCCCCUGUCCGGCAAUCUGCGCCGAAGCCUUGGCCGUACUAAGCAACCUCAGUCCGUUCGGUUUUCAAAGCUCACCCUCGUUCGACGGAACCACCCACGGCCAAGAUCCCCUUCCAAUGACGGCUCUGCCUCUAUUUGCUUGCUCUACGCCGGAAUACGACGACCAUCUUUCGAAUGCUAUCGGUGCUCUGAACGGAGCCUAUCAGGAGUUUCUCAAAUCAACGGAAGGUUUCGGUUUCAACGGACAAGUCGUGAUAAUUGGAGAUAGUCUGGGCUCGGUUCUGGCGUUCGACGCCAUCUGCCGAACAGCCAAUCAUUCGUCAGAAGGAGCAGGCUCUCAUUUUGGCAGCGAGUCGAGUCUCCAGGAAAGCAAAAGUAAUCCGCUGAUCUCAAUAAGCAACGAAGCCACUUUCGAGGGGGAAGACGUCACGAAAAAGAAUUCAGGAGCUGCAUCAGCCACCGGGAAUGUCACUGCCGUAGGUUCGAGCGCGGGAACGGCUGCAAGCGGUGGCACUAUGACGCUAUCGGGUCCAGAGACAUCAGAUUCGUCCCAAUCGAGUUUUUUCGAUGCGACGUCUUUCCAAAAGCUCCUAUCGGCCCAGGUCACGCCGGGAAGCAAGAGACGAAGGAGCAACUCCGGGGGCCCUGAGUUGAAACUCGACUUCGAGGCCUCGGAUCUCUUCAUGUUUGGCUCCCCGAUGGCGCUCAUCUUGAGUUACCGUAAGAUGGUUUCUGGGGACGAGAAGACCAACCCGAUCGCCAAACCCGGAAACACCCAGGUGUACAACUUGUUCCAUCCCACGGAUCCGCUGGCAGUGCGGAUCGAGCCAUUGAUUUCAGCCAAAUUCUCUCAACUCCCACCGAUCACGGUGCCUCGCUUCCAGAAAUACCCUCUAGGCGACGGUCAGCCGAUUCAUCUGCUCGAGUUCCUGCAGAGUUACUCGCUUCUGUUCUGUGAGACACCUGCAGCCGCACCUCCGGCGCCAAGUCCCUGCCAGCCGGGACGACGUACGAGCGAGGCUUCGAUCACCUCCACGAUGUCGGGUCUAUCGGAUUCUGCUCUUCCACUCGGCACCAUUCAAACACUCAACAACCGUUGGUGGGGGAACAAACGUAUCGAUUACGCCCUCUACUGCCCAGACGGCCUGGCUCACUUUCCGACCAACGCUCUGCCCCAUCUAUUUCAUUCAUCGUUCUGGGAGAGUCACGACGUGGCAAGUUUCGUACUCCGCCAGCUGAUUCGCUGCGAUACUGUCCAACAGUGCAUCGAUGCAGACGCGCCGGCUCCGUCCUUCGUGUUCGGACAGCCGAGAGAAAAAUGGCUCAAAAAGAGAACUUCCGUCAAACUCAGGAAUGUUACUGCCAACCACCGAGCUAACGACAUCGUGGUCAAAGAAGGCGAUCCUCAAAUCCUGAACGCGCGCUUCUUGUACGGACCCCUGGACAUGGUCGCUCUCACUGGGGAAAAGGUCGACAUACAUGUUAUGCGAGAUCUGCGCUCGAGCGAAUGGAUUCUAUUGGCUACUGAGAACACGGAUAAGACAGGGAGAAUCGUCUAUAGGAUUCCCGAAGAGAAAUCUCUAAGCUUCGGUCUAUACCCCAUCAAAAUGAUUGUUCGAGGGGAUCACACCAGCGUUGAUUUCUUCUUGGCCGUUCUCCCACCGAAGACGGAAUGCGUCGUGUUUUCAAUAGACGGAUCGUUUACGGCCUCCGUUUCCGUUACGGGUCGCGAUCCGAAGGUUCGCGCCGGAGCUGUCGAUGUCGUGCGACAUUGGCAAGAGCUAGGCUAUCUGAUUUUCUACAUAACAUGUCGACCUGACAUCCAACAACGCCGAGUGGUAGCAUGGCUCGCUCAACACAACUUCCCCCAUGGGCUCGUAUCGUUCGCCGAAGGUAUCUCCUCAGGCCCCUUGAAACUCAAGACGGACUACCUCAAGCAGCUCCAGACCGACGCUGAUAUAAUUUUCCACGCUGCAUAUGGAUCUCAGAAGGACAUCAGUGUUUAUUCAUCGCUGGGAAUCCCGCCUGAGAAAACUUUCAUUGUCGGCCGAGUCAGCAAAAAACAUCUAGCCCACGUCACGGCCUUGACCGAAGGAUACUCUCAGCAUCUGGCGGACCUGCGCGUCCCCGGUGCCAGUCGCCCAGCCCAAGGAAAUGCUAGAAUGGUUCUCUCUCGUGGCUGCUUCGGUCUUCCAGGUCUUCCUAAGAAACGUCGCUCGGCGAAACGCACUUCUUCCUAUCCGCUGCCACCGCGUAGUCCGAGCGCUGGAGCGUCGGGAGUGAACCUGACUCCGAGUCACAAAUCCAAUACCUGAAACAGUCAUACGCCUGCCGGGAAUGCCCCAAGAGCUGAAUAGGCGAU